UGGCGGCGGGCGGGGGCGCGGGGCGGGGCGUCGUCCCCUUAGCGGCUGCGCGCUGGCCGCCCCGUCUUUUCGGUCCCGGCGGCGGCAGGGCUGAGCCAACGGCGCCCACCCUCCGGCUCUCCGCGCCCGCACCCCGCACUCCUCUCGCCUUGCCGCCCGCCCCGCCACCAUGACGGAACAGGCCAUCUCUUUCGCCAAGGACUUCCUGGCCGGAGGCAUCGCCGCCGCCAUCUCCAAGACGGCGGUGGCCCCGAUCGAGCGGGUUAAGCUGCUGCUGCAGGUGCAGCACGCCAGCAAGCAGAUCGCCGCCGACAAGCAGUACAAGGGCAUCGUGGACUGCAUCGUGCGCAUCCCCAAGGAGCAGGGCGUCCUGUCCUUCUGGAGGGGCAACCUGGCCAACGUCAUCCGCUACUUCCCCACGCAAGCGCUCAACUUCGCCUUCAAGGAUAAGUACAAGCAGAUCUUCCUGGGGGGCGUGGACAAGCACACGCAGUUCUGGAGGUACUUCGCCGGCAACCUGGCGUCGGGCGGGGCGGCCGGAGCCACGUCGCUGUGCUUCGUGUACCCGCUGGAUUUCGCCAGGACCCGUCUGGCCGCCGACGUGGGCAAGUCGGGCACCGAGCGGGAGUUCAAGGGCCUGGGAGACUGCCUGGUCAAGAUCACCAAGUCUGACGGCAUCCGGGGCCUGUACCAGGGCUUCAACGUGUCGGUGCAGGGCAUCAUCAUCUACCGGGCGGCCUACUUCGGCGUGUACGACACGGCCAAGGGCAUGCUCCCGGACCCCAAGAACACGCACAUCGUGGUGAGCUGGAUGAUCGCGCAGACGGUGACGGCCGUGGCGGGCGUGGUCUCCUACCCCUUCGACACCGUGCGGAGGCGCAUGAUGAUGCAGUCGGGGCGCAAAGGAGCCGACAUCAUGUACAAGGGGACCCUCGACUGCUGGCGGAAGAUCUUCAAAGACGAAGGGGGCAAAGCCUUCUUCAAGGGCGCGUGGUCCAACGUCCUGCGGGGCAUGGGGGGCGCCUUUGUGCUCGUGCUGUACGACGAGCUGAAGAAGGUCCUCUAGGCUCCCCUCCCCCGGACGCAGGCACCGAGGGAAUUCUGUAGAAUACUUGUAACUGUUACGGACCAGAGAUCUUCGGGAAAUUCCAGGGUCCCGGCCCCGGCCAGAUCGCGUCUAGAGGCCUGGGCAGGUUCUAAAGGGGCUCGUUGUGAUCGACCAUCGGCACCAGAUUCCAUGUGUUGAUUGGGGGGGAGGGGAAGGAGGACGUCUGUCUUCGCGAGUCCGCAGGCAGGCAGGCAGCUCGGCCACAGACCUUAGAGGCCAGGUGCUUGUGGGACCUUAGUUGUGUUUAAGUAUUUAUUUAAAAAAGAAUCAUGUCUCCAUUUGUACUUAAGCACUAUUCUCUUUUGCACAGCCGAAUAUUUGCAAUUAUGUUUCAUGUCGGGCAUUCUGCAAAACCAUAAAAGACGGGACAGAGA